UUGACCACAGCGACACCAUGGCUCACCGAGACCAUCCCGGAUCUACCUCUAGGGAGGGAUGUGCCCCAGACCACCUCGUCCGAGGAGAGUCUUUCCUGGGCGAUGCAGCAGCUCGAGACCUGCAAGCAAUCCCACAAGAACUGCAACACCAAUUACUACUCCGCCUCACCCCUCCCCAGCCGAGUCCUCGACGUGUUCGCCGCGGACACGGGAGACGGCGGCGUACGGCUGCACGAGCCGGAACCCGACCAACAAGCGGCGCCGUACGUCGCGCUGAGCCACUGCUGGGGCCGGCAGCCGUUCCUGCGCACGCUGUCGGGCAGCCUGGACGCGCACCGGUCGGAGGGCAUCGCGUGGGCGCGGCUGCCGCAGACCUUCCGCGACGCCGUCGAGGUCACGCGCAGCCUGGGCGUCCGCUACCUGUGGAUCGACAGCCUGUGCAUCGUGCAGGACGACGAGCACGACUGGCGCCGCGAGGCCGCGCGCAUGGCCUCUGUCUAUCAGAACGCGGUGCUUGUCAUCUCCGCGGCGAAGUCGCAGGGUGCGUACGGCGGGUUGUACGCUGAUCUGCCGGACAGGCAUAGGGUUUACACGGUUAAGCAUACGCCGAGAAGGAAUACCACGAUCCACCUUCGCCAAUCCCUAACCCACCCCUACCGCUUACUAUCCCCCUACCAUUCCACCUCUUCCUCCUCCACCCUCCCCGUCUUCACCCGCGGCUGGAUCCUACAAGAGCGCUUUCUCUCGCGCCGCAUCCUGCACUUCGGGCCCGAGGAGCUCGCCUUUGAGUGUCUCGAGUCCAGCACCUGCCAAUGCAGCCCCAUCACCAUCACCACCACCACCACCACUACUAGUACUGAUCAACUCGGGGCACCGGCGUGGUACAGAAACACGCUUGACCGCACCGCCCGCCCGAAGUACUACUACGCCUUGUCCACCUGGCAGGCCUGCGAGGGGGAGAGGGAGCUACGGGUGUGCUGGCGCAGGCUAGUAGAGGAUUACACGCGGCUGCAGCUCACUUUCGAGAAGGAUAUCUUCCCCGCUAUCGCCGGGAUGGCGCAGCUGAUGGGGAAGGUUAGGAAUGGCUCAAAGUAUGUGGCUGGCUUGUGGGAGGAUAGCUUGGUGAAAGGGGAUCUGCUGUGGCAUGUGCAGUUGCCGCCGUCCUCGCCGACCGGGGACGAUGAUACUACUACCAGUAUUAGUGAGGGCGGGUUGGAAAAAACCUGGAUGGUCCGCCCGACCAAGUGGCGCGCGCCGUCGUGGUCGUGGGCGAGC